AUGGUUACGAAAAUCAAUCCGACGCUCGUCUUUUGGGGUGUCCGUAUGGGAUUCAUGUCCUAUGGAUGGGAUGCAGGUGUACUCGGAGGCGUGCUGCAAACACCCGCCUUUCAAUCCACUAUGAAGGUGCCAGACACGACAACAACUGCCAUGGUCGUAGCCUCAUUCCUAUUGGCCUCUUGGCUCGGAUGCUGUAUCACUGCAUCUCCAGGGAGCGCUGCCAUUCAAAUCGUUGGAACCAUCAUCUCUACAUCUACAUAUUCCACUAGCCAGCUCAUUGCCUGUCGUGUCUUGAUUGGUGUUGGCAAUGGCCUUGUUGUUGCAGCAGGCCCAGUAUACAUCGCAGAAACCCCCGGUAUCUUAAAGCAAAGAGGUCCACUGGUCGGUAUUCUCAUGGGCUUUGCGUGUACCGGUACUGCAUGUGCAUACUGGAUCGAUUUCGGCUUCACCUAUACGAAAGGACAAGUUGUAUGGGGCCUACCGAUUGCGAUGCAGAUCAUCUGGUCACUGCUUGCAAUACUUCUCAUUUUUCUGAACGUCGACUCGCUAAGAUGGUACUUCCUUCAAGAUCGCUUAGAUGAAGGAAACCUAGUUCUUCGUCAAAUCUAUACGGACAAUCACCUUGCAGACAAGGUUGCAUCAGAGAUCCAGACUGAGUUAAAGCAGGAAGUCGGGGAGAAGUUGAGCUUUUCAGACUUCUUCAUCGAGAAGUCCGAGACUAAGGCGGUGACUCGUAUCCGCGAUGGAGUAGUACUGGUCGGAGUUGCGUAUCUCAUGGGUAUCAACAUGAUCUUUCAUUAUAUGACGACGAUCUUCCAAGUAUACAUCGGCCUUGCUCCCACCACAGCAUCCGUAUGUUCGGGUGCUGCAACGACAUUGCUUGCAGUUGGUGCAUUCGCCGGAUCGAUUUUUUGCGAAAAAGGCGCAAGGCGCAAGUGGGUUUUGUGGGAAUCUGCCUUGCAGUCUGUUUUCAUGACCGCGUUCGUCGGACUGUUGGCAGCAAAUACCAAAGCUACAAUAUUUAGCCCGACUUGGGCGCCGCAACCAUACAUCUAUAUAUCUGAAACCAUGCCCCUCCGACAUCGCCACACGGGCGUCGGCCUGGGUAUGUCCGCGCAAUGGCUGAUGGCAUUCUUGACUGUCUAUGCUGGCCCAAUUGGGUUUGAAAAUGUGGGCUGGAAGAUCUGGAUCUCGUUUGCUGUCUUUAACGUCACCGGAUUUCCUUACGUCUAUUUCUUCUUGCGAGAGACUCGUGGCCGCAGUUUGGAACACAUGACCGAGCUCGACAACGAAGGGCUAGCCGUUGGGAGUGGCAGCUUGAGCCCAAACGAAGGCGAAGGAAGCUUGAAGGGAGAUAUUUUCAUCGAGGACAAAAUUUAAAGAUGUUGGGCGAAGGUAAUUAGUGUUUUCAUCGGGUGGCGAUAAAGAACUGAUGUGAAUGCUUUGGCAAUGGAGACAGAAAUACUCAAAAGGUCUACAAUGAAAAGGUUGUGAAACAAGGCAAAAUAAGUAUAUACAAGAAUGAAACAGAGGCCGUUCACCUAAACGGACCCCUCUACGAUGUCUUUAGCCACCACUGCUCAAAAUUUUUUUUGAGUGUCAUUUAAUCUAUUGACACAAAACGCCUUGAUUGGAGUCGAUGGUACGGUUGAAAACUAAGUACCGGAUGAAACAA